ACCAUAGAUGCUGUAUAUGUGUCUCCAUUACUAAUUAUUCGAUCAUCAUCCCCUUGUCCAUCUUAAUUCAAAGCUGUGCUCUCCAAUCCCAACUAGUCUGGUUAUUGAAGCAGCUAGCUAGCAGAACAAACAGUCAUAUUCAUUAUCUCUAUACGAUGGAAUUGAGCUUAGCAGAUACGUUGGUGAAGGUAGCCCUGUUUUUCCUGGUUCAGGGUUUGGUGUAUCUCAUCCUUUCCAAGUCAUCAAACAUCUUCUCCUCCAAAUCCAACAUGAUGAGAUCCCAUAGCUUCAAACCAGCUCGCUCUGUAAGUAUUCGUCGCAUGCUCGCCACUCUUGCCGACUUACCCGCCGGUGGUGAGCUCUCUCCUUCAUCCAGGGACCUGCGUUCGCCCGAUUACCAACAAAAUUCAAACUCCAGCCUACAUCUCAAUUAAUUAAUUAGGAUCGCAACAACUCCUAAUUAAUUUACCCGGUUUCUGUUUCAUUGUUCUAUGUACAAGAUUGUUAAAUUGCGCGCGUUAGUCUCAUCAUUUGCUUGUAUAUGUACGUUUUUUUUUAUAAGUGCUUGUAUAUGUACGUUGGUGAGCUAAUUUAUUGAGAUCGAGUUACAUUCGUUUCUUCUUUAA